AUGGCACUGACAUUGUUUGUUGGGUUGCUUACUGUUCAAGACAAGAAGAUCAAGAAAGUUUGUGAAGUAAAUUCAGAUCCUUCAAAAACUGGAGCGGUCGCAAGCUCUGGCAAUCCAACCGCGUGCCUUGGGAACGGAGGAGUACCUGAAGCCAUCUCAUCGCUGCGAACAUUUAUUUCGGCUGAUGAUUUGCGAAUAAAUCUUUGGAAUCUGGAGAUUAGCAAUCAAAGUUUCAAUAUUGUUGAUGUUAAGCCUGAGAAAAUGGAAGAUCUAUCUGAGGUUAUCACAUCAGCAGAGUUUCAUCCUACACAUUGCAAUAUGUUAGCUUAUAGCAGUUCCAAAGGCUCAAUUCGCCUGAUUGAUCUGCGCCAAUCAGCUUUAUGUGACUCACAUUCCAAAUUGUUUGAGGAACCAGAGGCAGCAGGUCCUAAGUCGUUCUUCACUGAGAUAAUUGCUUCAGUGUCAGACAUCAAAUUUGCAAAAGAAGGAAGAUAUCUCCUUAGCCGUGACUACAUGACACUCAAGGUCCUUAUGGACAUCAACAUGGAUUCAGGUCCGGUGUCAACUUUCCAGGUUCAUGAGUAUCUGAAACCGAAGCUCUGUGAUUUAUAUGAAAAUGAUUCUAUCUUUGACAAGUUCGAGUGUUGUAUAAGUGGCAAUGGAUUGCGAGCAGCUACAGGUUCUUACAGCAAUAUGUUCCGUGUGUUUAGUGUUUCCCCGGGAAGUACUGAGUCUGCAACCUUAGAAGCAAGCAGAAAUCCUAUGAGGAGACAUGUCCCAGUUCCCUCGAGGCCAUCCAGACUAGGCAGUAUAGCGCGUGUUGUAGGUAGAGGAUCAGAGAGUGCAGGAGGAGUCGAUGGGAGUAGCAAUGCUCUUGAUUACAAAACAAAGUUGCUGCAUCUUGCUUGGCAUCCAAAUGAGAACUCUAUUGCUUGUGCCGCUGGAAAUAGCUUGUACAUGUACUAUGCUUAACCACAUUACUCAGCCAAAAAAAAAGGCGUAUUUUCUCUGCUCUAGACUCUGUUUUCCUUUCUUCCUUCUGGUGAUUAAUGGGAAUUGCUAUAUACAUCAUCAUCAUCAGUGAUCAUAUAAGCUCUUUAAUCAUCAUGCUGGACUUGUGCUCCUGGAAACUACUUUACAGCCAAGAGAACG